UCACCCGUUUUUUGACGUUUCGUGUAUCCCUCUCCUACUGAGAGAGGGAGCGGUUGGUGGUCACUCGUCUCUGAAUGGCUCCGGGCACGCGGGCUAAGCGGCGUAAACUGCAUUAAUGGUAAGAUCUUCGACGCAGACCCUAUUCAGUCUGUACCAGUCGUUAAGAAGGAGCUUACAUAGGUGUAUUUGCGGUACUCGUAGUACUUUAAUGUUUCUUAAUCCAACGGCUGUGCACACCGUAGAAGACGUACACUCACAUCCAUUUGAUCUAAAUUUAAGCGAAUGAACUGCUCAUGAUAUUCACUGGACAAGGAGCGAAGAGUUGCUUAGACAUAUAUAACAAGUUUUUGGAGAUAACAUUGGCUGUUGAUUUAUUCAAGUUAGUGGAAGUACUUCGUUUUUAAUAAGUGAUUGAUAACGUAACAAACUUCUUGUAGCUAAAAGUAUAAUAUCAGCAUUUGUGAAAACUGGUAGGAUGUCUUGAGAAAUUGACAGGACGAAUCUGCGAAGCGACCAGACAAACGUCAUUCACUGCUGCCGUCAGUUGCAGCUGAUUUGUAGUUAAGCGUUGUCUUUGUUUACCGAACGACAACGCCCAGCCAAUCAGUACAAGCUGACGCUUGUUAAAAAUAUACCACGGGAAAACAUUUUUGAGUUUUACAAGUGAUUCGUUGUUUCUGUGCUUUAGCUAGCCAGACCUCGACGCGAAGAAGCACGCCACCUUUAUGGCUGUUAUUAUAAUGACUAUAUCACAUUAGUACUUCAGCGGUGUUAACACAGUGUUAACCGAACUUGAUGUCAGAAGCAGAAGAAGAAACUGAUACAUCUUAGAGUGUUUCCCCGUUCGCACGUUUAUUCAAGCGCGCGAGCCUAUCUACUGUGUUUCUUUGCGCGCGUGUUUUUGUGUGUGUGUGUGUAUGUAUGAGUGUGUGUGCAUGUGUGUAUGUGUGUGCGCGUGUGUGUCUCAAUGUGAGUGUGUGUGUGACAACUGAGAGCGCCACACGGACUUCUAGCACUACCAUUAGACCUUCUGAUACGAGCAGUGAAUGCUCGUACUGUUUAGCACCUGCAGUAAAGCAUUAGGGAAGUAUAUUAGAGGCUAAGUUCUUCUUCGGAGUCAAAAUACGUCUCCUGGCAAGAACAUCGGUAACAAAAGUGACUAGCAGCUAGAAGACAUUCGAGCUGCCUGUUACGCAGCUCUCCAGCCAUCCAGUUUGCUGUUAAGUGAACAAAGGACAAUGCCGUCCCCAACCGUUACGCGCAUUUGCGCUAUGGUCACCGUCGGACUCUGUCUCAUCGUCGCAUUUACCUUAAUGUUUGUCUUCACCGCUCGCAGUGGAGGAAAUUCGGGCACGUCGUCAGCAUCUGUAAAGUACAAAACAUUUACCCGACUUCCACGAAAUGUUUUACCUGUCAGUUAUAACAUAACACUGAAGCCUGACCUGAAUAGAUUUGUCUUCGAUGGUUCCGUCAGCAUCGCUAUUAAGGUGAACGAAGUGUCCCGUACUAUCAAACUUGAUAGUCAGGAACUUGACAUAAAGAAUCCGACGUUCACAGUAACCUCAACCGGUGAAGUGCUGCGACCAAUCAAGGUUCAAACAUUGGCCGACGAGGAGCGUCUAGAGUUCGUCUUCGAUGAAGACUUACCACUCGGUAAUAAUCAGUUUCACUGCGAUUUCCAUGGAAAACUGGAUGAUAGCCUUCGCGGAUUCUAUCGAUCAAAAGGCAAAAAUCAGCGGGGCGAAGAUUCAUAUGCUGCCGUCUCGCACUUCGAGCCUAUCGACGCCCACCGUGCAUUCCCCUGUUGGGACGAACCAGCUCUUAAAGCUACGUUUAAUAUGACGCUGAUAGUCCAGAAAGACUUACUUGCGCUAUCCAAUACGAGACCGAUUGCGGAGUCACCUUACGAAAUGGAUCAGUCCUGGAAGGUAGUUCGGUUUGAAACGACUCCAAAAAUGAGCACGUACCUCGUAGCCGCUGUAGUGGGCCAUCAUGACUAUGUCGAGGAUUAUACAAAGUCGAACGUCCGCGUCCGUGUGUAUACGUCCUUGGGAAAAAGGGAACAAGGACGCUAUGCUCUUCACACAGCUGUAAAAUCUCUUGACUUUCUCGAGGAGUACUUCAACGUGUCGUACCCAUUAUCAAAAGCCGACCUGGUGGCGGUUGCUGAUUUUGCCGCAGGGGCGAUGGAAAAUUGGGGCCUUAUCACUUGCAGGGAGACAACUGUGCUUUACGAUCCGAUGAACUCCUCAACGAAUAUUAAACAAAAUGUAGCUACGGUUGUAACACACGAGCUUGGGCAUAUGUGGUUUGGAAAUCUCGUAACCAUGGAGUGGUGGACGUACUUGUGGCUUAAUGAAGGCUUUGCGAAGUUCAUGGAAAGCUUGACCACGGACCACAUCUACCCGGAUUACGAUAUGUGGACCCAGUUCGUUGCCGAAACGCUCAACGUAGGCCUCAACCUCGACUCGUUGGACAGUUCGCAUCCGGUCGAAGUAAUCGUGGAGCAUCCAGCCAUGGUUGAAGAAAUUUUCGACAAUAUCGCCUACGAAAAGGGCGCUUCGAUCAUUCGUAUGCUCAACAGCCAUUUAGGAGCCGAUAAAUUUCGGGCAGGCAUGCAGCUCUACCUUAAUCGUCAUAAAUAUUCGAACACGCUUUCGUCAGAUCUGUGGAAGGCACUGGAGGAAGUGUCAAGUGUUCGGGUUGAAUCCGUUAUGAACAGCUGGGUUAAACAGGUCGGCUUCCCUGUAAUCCAGGUGACUGCCCUGUAUAAAGGUGAUAAUAUCGUACUAAAUCUGCGACAAAACAAAUUUUACUCACAGGUUGAUAAUCCAAAACGGAACGAGCCUCAGCCACUAUGGAAGGUACCUAUUCCAAUUGCAUGGGGAGGGAAUUCGACGGGUGAAACGAAAAUCCUACUUGAAGCACAGGAAACCGAAGUCACCCUUGAAGGCGCAGUUAACGCAUCGUGGAUUCAGGUAAAUCACGGUGCUGUCUCUUUCUUCCGUACAAUGUACUCUCGAGAAAUGCUCGCUGGCCUACUCGAUGCUGUAAAAAGCAAGACUCUCAGCGCUGAAAACCGGUUUAUUCUGCACGCUGACCUCUUCGCACUGGUCCAAAGCGGGUAUCGAAACACUACAGAGCUUCUGGAGUUCACUAAGGCGUACGAAAACGAGACGGACUUCUCGACGUGGAACUCGGUGGCAAUUUUGCUGUCGAAGAUGUCGCUACUGCUCGGUGAUGACGUGGAGCUCGUCGGGAAGCUACAUAAGUUCGGAGCCAAACUGUUUCGCAACAUAUUCAAGUCCGUAGGUUGGGACACGAAGCCGGGAGAGAAGCACACAACAGCCCUUCUACGCACAGUUGUUUUAUCGAUGCUGGUUACCUUCAACGAUGCAGAGAUCCUCGCCGAAGCCAGAACCAGAUUCAACGCUUAUGUGGAUGGUAGGCGAAUUUUAUCAGCUGAUAUUCGCUCGCCAGUGUAUCACGCGGUGGCCAAAACCGUAGAUUCGACGAGUUGGGCCCAGUUAAUAAAAUUACACAAGGAGGCAAACCUUCAAGAGGAAGCAGAGCGGAUCCUGAUUGCGCUUGGUGAUGUCCCAACGCCUGAAUACAUUCAGAAAGUACUUAACUUUGCCGAUUCGUCUGAGGUUCGAGCUCAGGACGCCAUAUCAGUGAUUGCUUCAGUAUCCACCUCCGCACAAGGAAGGGACCUCGCCUGGAAGCACUAUCAGGCCAAUCACAAACGGUACAGCAAACGCUAUAAUUCCGGAUUCCUUAUCUCGCGGCUCAUUAAGGGGGUGACAGAAAAUUUUAAAACGUUCGAAAAAGCAAAGGAGGUUGAACAAUUCUUUGCCAACCGAGCCAUACCGGGAACAGAGUUAACGAUUAAGCAAACCAUUGAGAGUAUCAUCUCGAAUGCCAAGUGGUUGCAACGAGACCAGAAAGUUAUCGAAGAGUUCCUUCGAAGGCAUGGUGCUGUCAAUGAAACGUCUCGCUGAAUUGAUGCGGUACACUUAACAGAACGACCAUUAUAAAGAUAUUAUGAACAUUUUUACCCACUGAAUAAAAUAAAGUUUAUAUCUAGGAAAAAGGACACAAAAAACGCGAGUCAUACUUGUUGAGAACACGCGUUCAAUCUUCCUCUUUGCUACGUAAUGCAGUCCCACCGUUGACUGGUCGAAGCAACUUCAGCGUAUUUUCAACAGGGAGAACAGCAUUGAAAAUACACCUGAGUCAGCUUAAGGCUUCAGAAAUCCUCAGCGACGUUUAACGAAGUACCCUGCACUUCAAAGUGUUACAGAGAAAACCUAUCUCAGAUGUUUCUCCUAGUUACAAUGCACGAGUCAUUAUAUGUGAACGAUUAUAGAUGCGUGUUACGAAGCACGUUGGUCCAUAGUUUUAAAAAGCUGUCGGUUCGGCGAGUGAUUAAGGCCAUGCGGUGACACUGCAAGCCAUUAGUUCAGUCGAAUUUAGUGAACACAGACCUGUCAAAACUGGACGCUAUCUAGCUAGGCUCAAUGGAGCCUGCUGGCUCACGUUGCUCUAUACAGCUGUGGAAAAAACUAAGUCUCACCUAUAAGGGUUUGUCAGUGAUAUCUCUACCGAAUGUUUGAAUGACGCUAGAGACGCCCUUAAAGGUGAAAACUACGAGUUUGCACGUGUCUGUAAAUAUCAAUUCAUAUAAUACAUAUGUCUUUUUAUUCGAUAUCAAUAAAAAUGCUUACUCUGAUCGUUGAAGCCGAUUGAUUGAUUAUAAGAUGUCACUUCAUCGUAGAGCGUCAAUCAGCAUUACAUGUUACAAUGCAGAGCUAUUCGUAGAACACUUUUGUACACUUUACCGCAUUGAGAUAUACUCAAUGGACAUGCUGCAUUUGUCCUGUACGUCUUUUUUUUAUCUCUACAUAUAUAUAAUUUAAUUUAUAUCAGAUGUUUCACGUCUCUAUUUCAUGCCUGUAAGUGCUUAUAGGGCUGUUUUGUUGCUAGAAGAGAGUUCGCAUCGCAAAUGUAAAAAUAUUGGAAAAUGAAUUAAGAUACUAAUAAAUGGGCAACAUUGAGAUAAACAGGUGCGUUUCUUACUGGCUAUACAAAUGUAUCUGUAUGUGAUUUUCGGUUAAUUAAGAUAAGCUCCAGUCGUGUCCUUGAAUGAGGCUCAGGUCAUUUUGUUAUCAUAAUUAUUUAGGUCGCUACUAGCGCACUCUCGCCAAAGGCUGACUUUUGACAAUAAAUCUAAUCGCGUUAUGGGCAGCAUUUG